UGUACAAGAUUAGUUGUUUUAUUCUAUGUUCCUUGGUUGUUUGUUUAUAAUGAAGCUACGAAUGUGGUCCCGGUGAAGCCUGUAGCAGUUAUUGGCUGAAAUGAAAUUCGAUUAUAUGUAAAGCAUGAAAUGAGCUUCAUAGAAACAUUCUGUUUAGAAGAUUUCAGCUCUUAUUUGAUGACACACCAGAAACGUAGUAACAAAAUCCCAUCGUAAAGAAGAACCUUCAGAGAUGUCAGACAGGGCAACAUGUUCAUUAACAAAAGGAAGCAGCUGUUAGCGACUGCAUUAAUAAUUAUGCACUGCCUGCUUUAUUUCACUCAAAAUAAUCUGUGUUGGCACUGAGAAUAAUGGGUGUGCAAGUGACAUUUUUAUUUUUGGUGGUCUCAGUUGUGAGAACACAGGCAAAAGUUGGUAAUGGAGAAGCUGCCUCAGCCUGGACAUCCAAACUUGAUACAGAGAUACCAGCUUAUUGUAAUGUGCCACCAAAACAAGACUGGAACAUAGUAUCAUAUUCUGACAAGCAUGGGGACAUGGUGCCAUCUCUGGACCCAAGUGCAAUCUCACUUGACAAACUCUUUCACGUCUCAUCGUACCAGAUUCCAGAAGUAAUAGAAAACUUCUCAAUAUUUAAGACAAUAUCUGGUUGCACAUGUGCUGUGAAAGAUGAAACAGCAUUAUGUAAUGAGUUGCACCUGAAUCAGAUACCCUCAUGUGUUGGGAAUAAAUCUGCAGCAGUUAUUCUCAUAUCACGAAAGGUUUCUGGAAUUACUGCAGAAACAUUUAAAUACACUCCAAAUCUGGAAUAUCUAAACUUAACUAAAGUGGGUUUGCGACAGCAACUGUCAGCUGACAUGUUUUCGCAGUUUAAUAAACUGAAACAUUUGGCAAUACAAGACCAUGGGAGCAUGCCAGAGUUGCCAGAAGAUGUGUUUAAAGGACUUGGUGGAUUGGAAAGCUUGUACUUGUAUAACAAUGGAAUCCAGCUUCUCCCUCCUAAUAUUUUUGCACCACUGACCAAGCUGCGACUAUUGAACUUAGCUGAUAAUAAGUUCCGAAGGCUGCCAACAGGAAUAUUUGACAAGAAUUUGGAACUACGUGAGCUUAUACUGAAUGGAAACCAUUUGAAGAAUCGUUACAAUCCACACUUGCUAAGCCACAAUGCAGAACUUCGAGUGUUGCUGAUGAAAGACACACAAUCUUCUGAGCUAAAUGUAAAUUUGCUGGAAAGUACAACAAAACUACGAUGGCUUGAUUUGUCUGAUAAUUACUUAAAGCAGUUACCUGCAGCUGCACUUCAAAACUGUCAGAAGCUCAACCGUCUUGGUAUUACAGGCAACAGACUGGAAAAUCUUGACGUGGAGCUGCUUUUACAGCAUAACAUAGGUCUUCAGAGGUUGGAUCUACGCGGUAACGAGUGGAAUUGUAACUGCAGUAUUAUUCCUUUAAGUGGCUGGACUUUGGUCCGUGAAGAGGCAGUGGCAGGAAGGCCAGUUUGUCAGCAACCACCUGAAGUUGUGGGAACACCUUUACAAGAGUGGUUUUGUACCUAUGGUAAUGUAUGCACCACUUCUGAUUUGCAGAAAGACUUGAGUGAGUUUGUUGAAUUAACAGAAGCAAUAGCAGACAACCACACAUUUUUGGAACCAAGAAAUAUUUCACAUAUUAUUAGCAACUGUUUCUUCUUUGGCAUGUCUUCUGAACUAGGGUCUAGCAUUGACCUAGUUGUUGGGCAUUUUAUACAUUUGUUGGGUAAUAUAUACCAAAGAAAGCAUGGCACUGCCACUAACAAGAGGGGACCUGCUCCUCAAAUAGAUACUGCUGCACUUGCAAGACAAGAACCAACAUUAAGAUUCUCUUAUAUCUUUCAGAAUAUUCCUGAAAACUUAAAAGAGGCUGUAAAUGCUGGCUUAGAGGCUGAAAUUAUUUCAAUGUUACAUUCAAGUAAUUCUCAAGAGACUGCCCCCAGUAAUGCCACUUCCAGUGUCAGGAUAGUUAUAGGCCUUCGGGAAGAAUUUCGUAGAAUUUUCUCCGUAUAUCAGAACUGUUCUUUUCCUUUUGUGAGCAGAACUGAAAUGGAAGCAGCUUUUCCUCAGUCUUCAUCAGCUAUUGGAUUUGUAGAUGUGAGUCUCUACAUUUACUUAGCUGUAUUAGUAAUGUGGGCUCAAUAAAUGGAGCCACACAUCAUUGUUUUGGAUCCCCAG